CUCUAUUUCCAUACCUUUUUCUUCUCUCUUUAUUUUAAUUCUUAAUUUAUCUUUUACCUUACUACCAUUUUAUCAUUCUUACAAUUCCCCGAAGCUACAGCAAAAUCUCUUUCAUUUUCUCUAAACCUAUUCGCCAUCAAUUUCUGGCUAUAAUGGUUCUGGGCCCAAAUACUUCUAUUCAAUGCUUACUUUCGCUAUUUGGGGAGGAUCUUAUCUUAUGCACUAUGCACCACUUCAAUUGAAUUUUGCUAGUGAUGAUUUUUUUGAGUUGUGGAGCUUAUAUAUGUUAUGUAACCUUUCUGUUUCUUAGUUGAUUAUUAUUACUACUACGCGCAGGUUGAGAUUCUACAAACAUGAUGCACUCUGUAAAGGGUGGGUGGGGGAGAACGUUUGCGCUUGCUAACCACAAUGAUUCCGAAGGGAGAAAGACUCGGAUUCGCCGCUCAAAGCAGGAAAGAAAGGCAAUGGUGGAAUCCUUUAUAAAGAAGUACCAAGAGUUGAACAAUGGAAACUUUCCAUCACUUAAUCUUACGCAUAAAGAAGUUGGUGGCUCUUUCUACACAGUACGGGAGAUUGUACGUGAUGUAAUUCAAGAAAAUAGAGUGUUAGGUCCUGCUAAGUUCACUUUAGAAGAGCUAAACACUGAUCAAUUUUUUGAACAAAAUCCGCUGGGUUCAAUUGCCAGAAAUCCUCAACCUUUUUUGGCUGCAUCUUUAAUUGAAAAUCAUUGUGAACCUGAUAAACUUCAGGAUACAAAUAGCAAAAUGAUUUCUGCUUCUGAUGUGUCUUAUACUGAAGCUGUGCACCAGGCGGUUGACAAAGGGCAUGUCAUAAGUAUUGGCCAUGUAGAUGUGACAACCAAUGAAUCCAUUGAAGUGCCUGUUGUUGCUGCUGAUGGGUGUGAUACUGGAGCUGAGCUUCCAAUGUUUGACAAAGGGCAUAUCAUGAAUGUUAGCCAGGUUGAUGUGACAAGCAAUGAAUCUGCUGAAAGUGUUGUUAUUUCUGAUGAGUAUUGUUGCGCUGGAACCGAGCACAAAAUUAUUGACAAAGGGCAUGUCUUAAAUGGUAGCCAGGUGAAUAUGAUAACCAAGGAAUCCAAUGAAACUGCUAUUCCUGAGACACAGGUGGAUGAUUCUUCUGCACUCAAUCAAAAUGUUGAGCAAGAAUUGGCAGCUGCCGCGAUACCAAUGGCUGAAGUAACUGCUGUGACAGAAGACUUGAUAGUAGAGACAUUUCCAUUAAGCUCUGUUUCUGGGACUACUGAUGGAAUAAGAAGUCUGGGAGGGUUGGGGGACUCUAGUAAUUCACCAGAAAAUGAUAUAAAAAUGUUGGAAGUGAAACAAGGUGAGAAGUAUGCCCCUGGAAAUCAAAUAUUGGAGAACUCCUCUAACACUGGGCUUGAUAAGGAGGAGAAUGUACAAGAUAUAUUAGAAGAAAGCUCCAAUCAUUCUACCCGCAAAGAACAUUUUGAUCAUCAUGAAUUUGAAGAUCGCACUGAUUCUCAAGUUAGAGCAUCUCAUCAAAAUACCACAACCUUCAAAACCAUUGACCAAAACCAGAUGAUAGAUGGAGUUAAGACAAGCACUCACACCAAUAACCUCAGCAAGACUUGUAAACCUUCAGAGGAAGAUGGUAGCCUGCUAAAAGCUGAUAAACAUAGAGUUGAUGAUCAACUUGGUGGCAAUUCUCAAAGAAGAAAAAACACAACUGUGGAUAGGAUCAAUCUAGAAUCCUGGGAUGGAGCAGCUAAGAAAUCUGCAAAACAAGAACCUAACCCUCUUUUAGCUGUUUUGAAAGUUUUUGUUGAUGCUUUUGUGAAAUUUUGGUCGGGAUGAAGAUUUUAAUGUCUGUUUCUUUCUCUUCUGUCGUGGUCUCUAUGUAUGGUGAUGGUCGAGUUGAUGUUUUGUACCUAGCAGAACAAUUUUGAUUUAGCCUUGAUCAUUUAAUGAAUGAGCUCAUCGUUUUUCUUUUGCUUUUUAAAUUACAACGAUCUUUUUUUCGGAGUUGACCCUGUUGUGUGGUAUAAUCAUGUAAGUUCAUUUAUGUUUAGUAUUAGUAGAUGGGAUGCAGGUCUUAAUUGUUUAGCGUGCAAUUUAUUUUGUAUUGGAAAUCAGAAUUCAUAAUUUAGGG